AUGUCAACGACAAAUGAGUUUCAGCAACAAGAAAAACAAAUAAGAGAUAACACAAGCUCUUCGCAUCAUUCCCCUGUCGCCAUCUCUACUAAAAACUUUCUUUUACUACCAACUAGACUUUUAUCGUCGGCGAUAAAAUUGUUCAGUCAAGAGUAUAAGACUAACUUAAUCAAUAGUAACAACAAUAAUGAUCAUCUGAUAUUAGACGAAGAUUCACGAAGUGAGCUUUCCUCAUUAUCACCGUCAGAAUGUUCGACACCCAUAACCGAAGACUUAGAUAAUUGGCCGGAGGUUAAAUUAUUCGACAAUGAAUAUCAUAAUGAGUUGUUGAACGAAUAUCUUAAAGCUCAUGUUGAAAAAUCUUUGUUAAUUGGAGAGAAACAAGAAAAAAAGGUGAUAUCAACAUCACCAACACCAAACUCGAGAAAAGAACAAAAGAAUAAACACACUUUGUAUUUUGAUAAUUUGAGUGAUCUUUUAGCAGAUGACUUUGAGGAAGAUGGCGACAAAGAUAUUAAAUUUCUUGAUAAUCCAUUUUACGAAUACGAUGAAUUAUUCUCACCGCCAUUUAAUCAUGAAGAAAAUGAUCAAUACUCAAGUGAAGAAGAUGAAGAAAACUAUAAAAUUGAAGACAACAGAUACAACGAAGAAU